GCUCAUGAUGAUGAAGCAGAUUGUAACCUGAUUUGGAUCAAGGUGGAUCAGUUUCGGUAUCCGAACUACACUUUUCGAGAUCGCUGCGGUUCGGAAGAUCUACUGAAUAUUUCACGCAAGCUAUCAUCUUUACCUAUCUUCAAGAACUAGAUCACCCUCGGUUCACAACAGGUUCACGAGCUUUCUAUAAUGACACGUUCUCGCCGUGCUGUUCCGCUGUAGUUGUAAAGCGAACGAUAGAUCAUGUACUUCGUUUUUUGCGUACAUUUUUUUUUGCGCUCCGAUUUCAUAGCAGCGACAAAGUCCGACUCAAAAACUGCAACACUUUUUUUGGCGAAAGAAUUGUAAGCAUUCACUGACAUCGCGACCUUUGUUUUGUACUAUCUGAAAGGGUUACAACACAUACUAAGACACAUUCUAGCGAUAAUUUCUUCGAAAGCUCGUUUGUGUACGCCUUCGCAAGGGAAGUCUUUUAUCAGAAAAUGAGGCAAGUCAUCAAGUUGCUCGCCUUUCUGGGCGCCGCUAGUGGAGUAGCCGCGGACGAGAAGAAAAAGAAGGGACCAAAGAUUACCAGCAAGGUACUUCUAUUUCUGAACAGGAUUGAUGCGCUCUUCUCGCUUAUUUACGAGAGCAGACUCCAAGUUCUUUUCUUUGCAUGGGAGGUGUAACUAGUUGUAGCGUCACGGUUAUUUGAUGCUGCACAGCUGUAGUACUCUUGAUGUGUUUGAUUGCAAAAACUCCGGAAUGAUCUAUAAGUAUAAGUAUGAGUAUCACAUUGUGUAGUUUUUGUGCAUAUCAGGUAUACUUCGACGUAACACUUGGCGGUGAGGAUGGAGGUCGGAUAGUGAUGGGUCUGUACGGCAAGAGCGUUCCAAAAACUGCAGAAAACUUCAGGGCAUUGUGCACAGGUAAAAUUGUUUACAUUGAUACCACCUAUCCUGGUGCUGCACGAGAGCGCGUGGUGGAAUAUUUUGUUGGACUUCAUCCGGUACCUUGUGCAGCACAAGUAGUGUACUGUUGCGCAGAUGAUGAAUCAGACCAGGGCUUCUAGGCUACAACUUACUUGCUUUUUCGUUUGAAUAUCGCGAAGAAGUACGAGAUCAUGCAGACGUAGUACCCCAAAUAAACAAGGUGAGAAGGGCGAAGGAAAGAUGGGCAAGCCGCUGCACUACCAGGGCAGCACGUUUCAUCGGGUGAUCCCGCAGUUUAUGCUUCAGGGCGGGGACUUCACCAACGGCGAUGGGACGUAUGAGAGUGCACGCAACCCCCCUCAUUUGUCAUGCAAGGCACCUAUAAUGCACGCCUUUCCUCUUGGCACUGUUUGCAUGGCAAGUUCUUGCAGGAGCCUAAACACAUGGCAUUACGGUCUUCUGAUGUGCAAAUUUGUGAUGCAAAGCCUCAACCCUUGCUGACGCUUGUAUCGUUGUUCAUGCCAAAUACAAAUGAGUGGAGGUUCUUUUGUACCUUCAUAGCCCGGGCGGGGAGUCUAUCUACGGAGAGAAGUUUGAGGACGAGAACUUCAAGCACAAGCACAAAAAGCCGUACUUGCUCUCCAUGGCCAACGCCGGACCCGGGACAAACGGCUCCCAGUUCUUCAUCACCACAGUACUUCUUUUAUAGAUACGGCAGCUGUUUUAAUAUUGCUUUUGAUACGCAAACGCAUAUUUUCCAUAGGAAGAUACUUACUAGGCACAAGCAGCAAGCAGGUGCAGGCAUCGUGCGGUACUAUAUUAGCGUACUACAGAAAUGAAUACAGGAAGAUCACACUUCUCACCAGUCAUGCAAAAAUUUGUCUACUACUACUCCUACAUACUGGUUGAGUUUAGAGGGCUGAUCUGUGGCCAUGCACUUCCUUGUUGCAGAAAUUGUUAUAUCCCAUUCUCCUGAUUUGAUUUUGAUCAGGUCAAAACUCCGUGGUUGGACGGCAAGCAUGUGGUCUUCGGCGAGGUUCUCGAAGGCCAGGACGUCGUGAAGGCCAUUGAGGGUAAGGGCUCCCUAUGCUCAGUAAAUUUCCUGCAGACGACGUACAAAUGUGUAGUUUUCCGCACGACAAACUUUUCUGGUUCUGAAUAACAAGUUGUUUUUGAUUUGGUGCCAUUCUUACUUGUGAUGCACUUUGACGUACACGUGCGGGAAAUUUAUGGUGCAUAGUCUCCAAGCGGAAAGCCGGCCGCCAAGCUGGUGAUCAAGGAGUCCGGUGAAUUGCCCAUGGAAAAGGAGGAGCUGUAGAGAUGAAAAGAAGAACUGUUAUUGUGGAAGAUGAGGGUUCAUAACCAUAACCGAAUGAAAAUGAUAAUCAUUAUCAUAUUAGUCGUAAAAGUCCGGCAGGAAAAGCAGGAGGUUGUUACUAAAUGUUCGAAAUGUACAAACGUUACCGGACGACAAGUAUGUACCGAAUGAAUCCUUGUUGUAGUUUUUCCACUACUUCUUCAUCUUUUCUUUUUAUAGCGUAAACAACAUCCGUUUGCGGCCAUCUUGAGCAGCAAGACGGGCGAAAAAUAUUUCUUGUAUUGUGUAUUAGUAUUAGGCUCGACAAGCCAACGGUAGUUCCAAGAACCUCGCGCAGAUUAUGUUUCUGCGCGGGGGGCGGCGGCGGGGGACGACGAGAAUCGUUUAUUUUGUGUCUGUAAGUUGGCUCCUGCUUCUCGCUCCAGGAGAAAAAACACAGAAAGAAGAUCUGGUCGAGACUCUUUCAUCAAAGUGUUUACAGAAACCGGUAUUGUAAGUUUGGGAGGAGCAACCGAGAUUUUUAGAUAAAGCAAAGGCGAGAUUUGUGGUCCUUGCAGAACUAUCUGAUGGAAUUAUAAAAGGUUGCAAGCAGGAGCUUGCUAUUCGUUGUUCGGGACCGUAUCGCCAAUGCUCUAGAAAAGCAGGAUUGAGGAGGAGUGUUUUUCUCCGCCGAAACAUGAGAUGAGUGAUUGUCGUUCUUGUGUAAUCAGGACUACUUUUACACGAGACGAAUAAACAGACCCUGAACACGCUCGGUGGAUGAUGUCGUGCCUUGGAAUGUUUAUCAGCAACUCGCUGU